CCGUUCAUUUAUUCCAUCUUCGCGCCACGAAAAUUUCCAGAAGAGAGAGAGAGAGAGAGAAAGAGAAGGAGAGACCGAAGAAAACGAUCUGUUAGCGAAGAUCAAGUUUUCAUUUGAGGAUCCUCCAUUUUCGUUGAGAAAAUCCCCAAAUCUCGCAGACCUUCUCCCACCCGCUAAUGGCGGAGAGGAGCAUUAUGCUCCACAUUCUCGAGCCUAGAAGGGAUGCCUAUGGAUUUGCUCUGAGACCUCAACACACGCAUAGAUAUAGAGAGUAUGCUAACAUUUACAAGGAAGAAGAAGAGGAAAGGUGCUAUAAGUGGAAGAACUUUCUUGAUCAAGUAGCUACAUCAUUUCAAGUGUGUCCUCUUGAGGAGGCAAAUACAAAUAUACUGCAGGCUGAAACUAGCGAGCAUAAAGAAGAAAUCAGAUCGAGGAGGAGUAGCACAGGGGAUGACUCAACUGGCUCAAACUCUGAAUCUGUUGACACAACGGAUAGUAGUCCUACAAAACUAUUAGAGUACCCAAUUGAAAUACAAAAACGUGUUGUCGAGACUUGGUGUCAAAUUAGGCCAUCUCUAAAUGCCAUUGAGAUUAUGAUGAGCUCUCGUGUUAAAAAGAAGAUUAUGAAAGAUGAAAAGACAAUUAAUGGUGGAGAUCAUCUUCCACCACUCGAGGAGGCAGAAACUUUGGAUGGAACAUCUGUGGCAAAUUCUGAAGAGGAUGAAGCUUGCAUUAGUGGAUCACUUACUCGUAGUACAUCUGCUACUGGGGCAGAAAGUAGGAUGGGUGAAUGCAUGUCUAACAGUGUGAAGCCCUCCAAGAGGGAUGGCGUUGUGGCCGAACGAGUUUCACAUGAUCAGUUGUUUACAUGGCAAGAAGAAUUAGAAUGCCUUGUUCGUGGGGGGUUGCCAAAAGAUCUGAGGGGAGAGGUGUGGCAAGCCUUUGUAGGUGUAAAGACCCGUCGAAUUGAGAAAUAUUACCAAGAUUUGUUGGAUCAAGAAACUAAUUGUAGUGCAGAUAAUGAGAACAAUAUUCCAUCUGGUGUACCGAUAAAAUUGAAAAAGCAGAUUGAGAAGGAUAUACCACGAACAUUUCCUGGUCAUCCUGCCCUGGAUGAGAAUGGUAGAGACUCCUUGAGGCGUUUACUUUUAGCAUAUGCUCUGCACAAUCCUUCUGUUGGUUACUGUCAGGCAAUGAAUUUCUUUGCAGGCUUGUUGCUACUCCUGAUGCCUGAGGAGAAUGCCUUUUGGACUUUGGUUGGAAUAAUAGAUGACUAUUUUGAUGGAUAUUACACCGAGGAAAUGAUAGAAUCACAGGUGGAUCAGCUUGUUUUUGAGGAAUUGAUGCGUGAAAGAUUUCCUAAAUUGGUUAAACAUUUGGAUUACUUGGGAGUGCAAGUGGCAUGGUUCUCAGGUCCUUGGUUCCUUUCCAUAUUUGUGAAUAUGCUUCCGUGGGAGAGUGUACUCCGAGUUUGGGAUGUGCUUCUGUUUGAAGGCAACAGGGUCAUGCUGUUUCGGACAGCACUUGCACUGAUGGAAUUAUAUGGUCCUGCACUAGUUACUACAAAAGAUGCAGGGGACGCCAUCACUCUGUUACAAUCCCUUGCUGGUUCCACAUUUGAUAGUAGCCAGCUUGUUUUAACAGCUUGCAUGGGCUUUCUGACUGUAACUGAAGUAAGACUAGUAGAGUUGAGAGAAAAGCUCCGGCCAUCUGUGCUAGCUGUAAUUGAAGAAAGAACAAAGAAGGGUCGGGUUUGGAAGGAUUCCAAAGGGCUAGCUUCCAAGCUUUAUAGCUUCAAGCAUGAUCCUGGAUCACCUGCAGAGAAGAAAAAGAAAGCUGCAGGAGCUGAUGCAGGACCCUGUACCCCUAAUCUUGAUGACUUCCUUAGUGGAUUAGCCGGUGAUUCAGAAACAGAGUCGCUCCCAGACCUUCAAGAACAAGAUUUAUAUUUAUCUGGAGGUUCUGCUUCAAGUUUCUAUGUUACUGUAGUAUGGUUGAAGGUUGAGUUGUGCAGGUUGCUGGAGGAGAAAAGAUCUGCGGUUCUGAGAGCUGAGGAGCUAGAAACGGCACUCAUGGAAAUGGUCACCCAAGAUAAUCGACGUCUAUUAAGUGCCAGGGUUGAACAACUGGAGAUAGAGGUUGCUGAGCUAAAGAAAACUCUAGCAGAGAAGAAAGAACAAGAAGUUGCAAUGCUUCAGUUGUUGAUGCGUGUUGAACAAGAGCAAAGAGUAACCGAGGAAGCUAGAAUAAAUGCUGAGCAAGACGUAGCAGCUCAGAAAUAUGCUGUUCAUAUGCUUCAGGAUAAAUAUGAGAAAGCAAUGGCUUCACUUGCUGAGAUGGAGAAGAGGGUGGUGAUGGCCGAAUCCAUGUUGGAAGCUACAUUACAAUAUGAAUCUGGUCAAGUUAAAGCAACGUCAUCUCCUCGGUCACGUAAUCAAGGAUCAGCACAGGAAAAUCAAAGAAAGAUUAGUUUGCUGCCAUUUGCAUUGGGCUGGCGAGAUCGAAACAAGGGUAAAUCGACCGAGGAACCUUCUGAAUAGAAGAUGAUGAACAGCAAUUAAAGCUUGAAUUUCUGUUCUCAAAUGGGUCGACGGACAUAGCCUAGAGGAUCUUUCUUUUUUAUUUCUUCACAUUGAGAAGAAGGGAAAGGUUUUUUUCUUUCUUUAGGUGAAGAACCAAAUUUCAGAGUGAAGUUCAACAACACACAAUGAGGCGUUCAGGAAAACCCAGUAAAAGAAUAUUGGAUUCAAAUUCAACCUUAAAAAUCCCAUUAACCUCCGUCAA